GCAUGCCAUUGGUUCAUUAAGCCUGAUCUCCCUCAUCUUGCAAAAUUCUCUCAGCUAAUUCGCUAUUUUCUUGUAGUAAACAAAGCAAGCAAGCAUAUCCAUUUCAACAUGGCCCUCAAAACUGGUUCAGUUGAAAUGUUCUUCUUCCCCUUCGUAGGAGGAGGACAUCAGAUUCCAAUGAUAGACACAGCAAGAGUGUUCGCAUCUCACGGAGCCAAAUCAACCAUUCUAGUCACACCCUCCAACGCUCUAAACUUCCAAAACUCAAUCAAGCGCGACCAACAAUCCGGUCUUCCCAUCGCCAUUCACACCUUCUCCGCCGACAUACCCGACACAGACAUGUCUGCCGGUCCCUUCAUCGACACCUCGGCCCUCCUCGAACCUCUUCGGCAGCUCCUCAUCCAACGCCCCCCGGAUUGCAUUGUUGUCGACAUGUUCCAUCGCUGGGCCGGCGAUGUCGUUUACGAGCUCGGGAUCCCAAGAAUAGUCUUCACCGGCAAUGGGUGCUUCGCACGCUGCGUCCACGACAACGUAAGACAUGUUGCCCUUGAGAGUCUCGGUUCAGACUCAGAGCCUUUUGUUGUCCCCAAUCUACCCGACAGGAUCGAAAUGACGAGGUCUCAGCUUCCGGUUUUUCUGAGAACUCCUUCUCAGUUUCCUGAUAGGGUGAGGCAGCUAGAGGAGAAGAGUUUCGGAACUUUUGUCAACAGCUUCCAUGACUUGGAACCUGCUUAUGCUGAGCAAGUGAAAAACAAGUGGGGGAAGAAGGCGUGGAUUAUAGGACCAGUGUCCCUUUGCAACAGAACUGCAGAAGAUAAAACCGAGAGAGGGAAGCUACCCACUAUUGAUGAGGAAAAAUGCUUGAAUUGGUUGAAUUCUAAGAAACCAAAUUCAGUUCUUUAUGUAAGCUUUGGAAGCCUGCUUCGGUUACCCUCUGAACAGUUAAAGGAAAUUGCUUGUGGUCUUGAAGCUUCUGAACAAUCGUUCAUUUGGGUGGUGAGGAAUAUCCAUAACAACCCAUCAGAAAACAAAGAAAAUGGGAACGGAAACUUUCUUCCGGAAGGGUUUGAGCAGAGGAUGAAGGAAACGGGUAAAGGGUUGGUUCUUAGAGGUUGGGCUCCUCAGUUGUUGAUUUUGGAGCAUGUUGCAAUCAAAGGGUUUAUGACCCAUUGUGGAUGGAACUCCACUUUGGAAAGUGUGUGUGCGGGAGUGCCUAUGAUUACGUGGCCUCUCUCGGCCGAGCAAUUUUCGAAUGAGAAGUUGAUAACUGAGGUUUUGAAGAUUGGUGUUCAAGUGGGAAGCAGAGAGUGGUUGUCGUGGAAUUCAGAAUGGAAAGAUUUGGUGGGAAGAGAGAAGGUGGAAUCCGCAGUGAGGAAGUUGAUGGUGGAGAGUGAAGAGGCAGAGGAAAUGACAACAAGAGUCAAAGACAUUGCAGAGAAAGCUAAAAGAGCCGUGGAAGAAGGUGGAACAUCUUACGCUGAUGCUGAGGCGUUGAUUGAGGAGCUUAAAGCUCGCAGAUUGGCGAGACAAGAUUAGAUUUUUACAUAAUAGAAGAAAGAAUUCAGUUCUAAAGUACGCAUAAAAACACAAGAAAAGAAGCUUGUUACUUUCCUGCACCACUUGAAAGUUCUAAAUUGCAGUCAGCAACCACAAUUUUGGUCGCAAUAUUGUUGUUGCGGAACCGUCUACCGUAACAGCCCACAAUUGCAAUGCGAAUUUCAAUCCCAUGAAAUACUCAACGUAGCCGAAACAGAAUAUCAGUAUUGCUCUACACUUCUAUUCCACUCUUUUUUUUUUGUUUGUUUGUUAAAAGACAAGUUUAGAUUUCAAUAUUCUAUUAUAGCUUCUAAGUGUCAAUGAUAAAAAAGGGUGUGACCGUAUGAGAUGUUAGGAGAUACUAAAUUUAAAUGAAUGAAAAAUUAUACUAUCUUAUAAAUAAAAGAUACAUCAAUAUUAGGAUAA